CUGGAGGAGGAGCACCUGGUGCUGCGGGCCGAGCUGGCGCGCCUGGGCCGCCGGCUGGACCUGCUGGCCCUAUGGCUGGCGCCGCCGGAGCCUGUGGAGAAGGACCUCAGCACCCUGUUUCUGGAAGCACAGGACCCUUGCGCUCAUUUUGAGGGCACCGAGGAGUCCGGCAGCCCGGUGGCCCAUCCACCCACUUUCUCCAGCACGCGCCAACAGUCGACCCUGCACCUCUCCCGGAGCGACAGUUUUCCGGUGGAACCGGAGCUGGUGGUGGAGCAGCCCCAGGCGCCGAGGCUGCAGCCAGAGCUGCCCAAUGGCAUGGAGAAGGUGCAAGUGAGGGAAGUGGAGAAAAAGAGCAAGCUGAACGUCGAGGAGCUGAACAGGAUCGAGGAUGAGAGUGUUCUGGAUAAGAUGCUGGAUCAGACCACAGACUUUGAGGAGCGACGGCUGAUCCGCAAUGCCAUGCGGGAGCUGCGCCAGCGCAAGCGAGACCAGCGGGAGAAGGAACGGGACCAGCGGCUGCAGGAGAUGAAGAGCCAGGCUACAAUGAGCAGGGCUGGCCACAACACUGAGACCACCAGCACGCAGAGCACCCAGUCAGCCGAUGGCUCAGCCCGCAGCACUGUCACCAAAACCGAGCGCCUCAUCCAGUCUAAUGAUGGCAGCAAGACUUCCCGCACAACAACCAUGGAGUCGAGUUAUGUGAAGAGAUCAGACAAUGGCAGCAGCAGCACAUUUGUUCAAACCAAAUCAUCCUACAGUUCAUCUUCCAAGAAGACAGGCAGCAUCUUUGACCGGGAGGAUGAGAGUGCCUCAAGGCAGAGCAGCCUGGCUGCGCUGGAACGGCGCCAGGCUGAGAAAAAGAAGGAGCUGAUGAAAGCUCAGAGCCUGCCCAAGACAUCAACCUCACAGGCUCGCAAGGCCAUGAUUGAGAAGCUGCAGAAAGAGGGCGGGAGCUCUCCAAACCCUGCAGCACCGCGUGCAGCUGUGCAGCGCUCCUCCAGCUGUGGUGUCCCCAAUGCCAACAGCAUCAAGCAGAUGUUGCUAGACUGGUGCAGAGCUAAGACCCGAGGCUAUGAGCACGUGGACAUCCAGAACUUCUCCUCCAGCUGGAGCGAUGGCAUGGCCUUCUGUGCUUUGGUCCACAACUUUUUUCCAGAUGCUUUUGACUACAGCCAGCUCACACCCCAGAACCGCCGUCACAACUUCGAGGUGGCUUUCUCCUCUGCAGAGAUGCUGGCAGACUGCGUGCCCCUGGUGGAGGUGGAAGACAUGAUGAUCAUGGGGAAGAAGCCAGACGCCAAGUGCGUCUUCACCUAUGUGCAGUCCCUCUACAACCACCUGCGUCGCCACGAGAUGCGCAUGCGGCAGAAAGAGUGCUAGAGCCUGCCCCGGCCUGCGGCUGCCCGACACCUCACUGCCCCCUCCCUGCAGGGACGCUGGUGUGCGGAGGAGCUGCUGCCCCAUGGAGAGGCUGGCAGCGGGGGUGGAGAGGCUGUGGGGCUGGCGCUGGACAAAGUUUGGGGCUCCUGGGUCACCCGUUGCUUUGGCCUUGCUGGAGCUCCUCGGUCAGCCUCUGCCCCGGCUGGCUGCCAGCUGAAUGUAUGGGCAGGGCAGAACGGUGCCAGGUGGGUGGUGCCUAGGAUGCCACUCUCCCUGCAGCCAGCUUGGCUCUCCUCCCCUCUGCCAUACUCUAGUGUGUUAAGUUAUUCAUUCUCAAGGAGUUCUUUUUACAUGGGCAGGGUCCCUGCUUCCCCAGGGAGGCUGGGGCAGCACAGUACCCUAGGGCCCUGAGCCAGCGUGGGUCUGUGUCUACGUGGCUCAGCCCAUGGACCCUGCAAGCCAGGGCCCAGGUGGGCGCUGCUGGUUUUGGUGCAGCCGGGAGGCAGAGUGCCCUGCUCCCCAGGCGGCCUGAGAACAGUUCUGGGCCCCCUGCAAGGAAGCCUCUCUGCCCACCACAGUCCCUGCUUGGUGCCACCUCCCUGGGGACGGCCCUGUGCCAACACCCUGCUUCCCACCGCACACACGUGCCCAGGGCGCUUCCACGGCGGGGACCUGCAGCACCCCCGUGCUGGGGAGCUGGAGGGGAGCGGGGAGGGCCCCAGGGAGCGCGGGGCCAGGGCCAGGACCAGACAGCCCCCGCGCUCCUCCCCAGCUCUGGGCACCUCGUGCUCAGUGCCACUCGCCCCUUCAUCACAGUCUACACCUGCGUUGACACCAACACCAGCCAGACAAUAAAAGUUUAUUCUAUAGGGUGA